AUGAACAAAGAGUGGGCCAAUCCUCCACCUCCGGGAACCGAAUACGAUGAUUCUACUAAAAGCAGUGCAUCUACUGAAAUAGUUCCAGAAAAAUCAAAAGUCCGUUCCAGGAGCAGGAGCCGCAGCCGACAUAAACGUCGCAAUCGUCCUUCUAGAUGGUCAAGAAGUCGGUCUAGAGAGUAUAAAAGGCGUUCAAGGUCUAGAUCUAGAAGGAGGCGCAGAAGGUAUUCUUCGUCCAGUUCUACCUCUUCAAGUGUUGAUUAUCACAGACAUAGAAACGAUAAGUAUAAAAAGCGCGGGAGGUAUUCUAGAUCAAAAUCAAGAGAUAGAAGAACUCAUUAUAGGCGUAGAUCCAGAAGUCGUUCUAGAUCUCCAUCUAGAUCACAUCUGAAAGAUAAAAGAAGAUCUAAAUCUAAACAUGCUGAUAGUAGAAGAAAUAGUGUCACAGAAAGAGAACGUGGUGAUAUUAUUAAGGAAGAAGAUAUGAAAAUCGAUGAAGACGUUGAAGAAGAUGAAGAAGAGAACCCUAUUCCAUUCAAAAACGACGGUUCAUUUUUGGAAAUGUUCAAAAAAAUGCAAGAGGAAAAGGCCAAAGAGGAACCUCCACCUGAGGUGGAGGUUAAAAAACCCGUUUUACCAAUGUUCGGUAAACGUAGAGGGGGCAAAGUUCUCAAGACAGGCAUAGUGGCUAAAUUGAAAAAUCCAGAAAAUGAAGAAGCUACUAAUUCAGAUGCCUGGGCUAUGUAUAUGAGAGAAGUCAGACGGUACAAGGAGGAACAUUGUGAUGACGAUUCCAAAACUAGACCGUUGGUCAAGUGA